AGCAGACAGAGCGAUAGAGUGCUAUUGUUGCCUACACAUUUAUCCGCUUCAUAGGAUAUGUCGACAGGCAGCUAUUAUUUAUCCUUUGCCUAUGCAUUUUUUGUUGUUUGCGAUUACAUUGUAGGGUUUAAACUAUAACCCUUUAUUUUAGCAUGAGUCCACGAGAACGGAUAACCCGCUUUAAUCGGUGUUCUGCACAUUCCCUUCUGCGUCUGUGUCUGUAUUUGACAGUCGUUAUCUGCUGUGUUGGGUCUGUUGUAUCUGGUCACGUAGAUGCUGCCGAGGAGCAGAGACCGAGCCCUCAGGAGAACAGCCACAGAAUAGAACACAGAGAGAGCUAUGAGAUUACCUAUCCACACUGGUUGCAGCCUGCAAGACACAGGAGGUCCGUCCAUGGAGAGAAGCAGCACCCGUCUGAGGCAGAGGUCCUCAUCACAGCUGAGGGAGAGGAGAUGACACUCCGUCUGCACAGGAAUGAGCAGUUAUUGGCCCCCGGAUAUCAGGAGAUAUGGUACAGUCCCAGUGGUUCCCGCCAGACCUCCAAUCCACCCAGCACUGGCCACUGUUUCUACCAUGGGGACGUCCGUGGUGUGGAGGGGUCAAGUGCAGCACUCAGCACCUGCUCAGGUCUCAGGGGACUGAUUACAGUGAACACCAGCGUCAGCUACCUGAUAGAACCCCUGCCCGCUGUCACCAUGGAUACACAGCCUCCUCACGCUGUGUUCCGAGCCAAGAACCUUCGUCUGCCUAACGGAACUUGUGGGCAUCACCAUAGCAACCAGGGGGAGGGUCUGGGUGACCUCAUCCGGGGAAUGAUGACGGCGCGGGGCGGAAGGGAGCGGAGAGAUGUGGGCCAGAGUAUGAAGUAUGUAGAGCUGCUGCUGGUAGCUGACCAUGCUGAGUUUCAGAAGCACGGCGGGGACUUAAAUAGGACGAAGACGAAACUGCUGGAGGCAGCUAACUACGUAGACAAGUACUACAAGUCUCUAAGUAUUCGUGUGGCAGUGAUCGGUCUGGAGGUGUGGUCUGAUCAGGACAGGAUCAGUGUGUCUGGUAACCCCUACAGUACCCUGGGAGCGUUCCUGGCUUGGAGACGCAAACAGCUACACACACUACCUAACGACAACGCUCAACUCAUCACGGGCGUGGCAUUUCAGGGCACCACCAUUGGGCUGGCCCCUCUCAGAGCCAUGUGCUCAGAGUACCAGUCAGGGGGAAUCAACUCAGACCACUCUGACAGUGCUGUGGGCGUGGCAGCGACCAUGGCCCACGAGAUGGGGCAUAACUUUGGCAUGAGCCAUGACAGCCCUGGGUGCUGCCAGGCCAAGUCUGAUGAUGGAGGCUGCAUCAUGGCUGCUGCCACUGGCCACCCGUUCCCGCGUGUGUUUAAUGGCUGUAACCAGCGGGAGCUGAGCAGGUAUCUGAGCUCCGGAGGGGGGAAGUGUCUGUUCAACCUCCCCAACACCAGAGCCAUGUACGGGGAGCGCUGUGGGAACGGGUACCUGGAGGAUGGAGAGGAGUGUGACUGUGGAGAUGAGAAGGAGUGUUCCAGUCCCUGCUGUAAUGCCAACAACUGUACUCUCAAGGCUGGAGCAGAAUGUGCCCACGGAGUCUGCUGUCACAACUGUAAGUUGAAGAGUCCAGGUGUGUUGUGUCGUACUCCAACGGGGUCAUGUGACCUACCCGAGUACUGUGAUGGGAAGGCAGAGUCUUGUCCUGCUAACUUAUACCUGGUGGAUGGUACUUCCUGUGAUGGGGGGCGGGCCUACUGCUACACCGGCAUGUGUCUCACCCUGGAGCAGCAGUGUCAAUCACUCUGGGGGCGGGAUGGCCGUCCUGCUCUAGACCUGUGCUUUAAGAAGGUGAACGAGGCAGGGGACACCUUUGGGAACUGUGGCAAAGACCUGUUGGGGAAAUACAAAGGAUGCAGGGACAGGGAUGCUAGAUGUGGUAAGAUCCAGUGUGUGAGUUCAGCCUCCAAGCCCCUGGAGACUAACGCUGUUCCCAUUGACACCACGGUCCGGGUGGGAAGCAAGAAGGUCCUCUGUAGGGGGACACAUGUUUACCGACCAGGCCAGGGGGACGAAGAACAGGGGGACACACUCGACCCAGGACUGGUCAUGACCGGGACCAAGUGUGGAGAGGACUCGAUCUGUUUCGGUGGAGAGUGUCGCAACGCGUCUUUCCUGAGGGCGGAUGAGUGCAAUGCCAAGUGCCAUGGCCAUGGGCUGUGUAACAACAACCACCACUGCCAUUGUGACUCAGGCUGGGCUCCUCCCCUGUGUGACCAGGAGGGGACAGGAGGGAGUGUCGACAGUGGACCUGUCAUCAACCACAGCAGUCUACUUCCUGUCCUGUUGCUCCUCCCCAUGGUACUCUUUGUCCUAUUGGCUGCUGUGGGACUGUGGUGCUGCUCCAGCCAUAAACUACAUAAAAACCUUCCUCUGAAGACCUCGGUCCCACCACCCAAGACAAUUUGCCCAGUCAGUUGGCCGGUCCCUGCUGAAGCCAAACAUCUACAAGCCAACAGUCAUGCCAACAGUCACCUUGACAACAGCCAUGCCAACGGCCAUGCCAACCCUGCCUUCCUACUGAAGAGACAGGGCUCAGACAGACUGAGUCAGUCCAGUCCUCGUCCCAGCCCCUCCACCAGAACCAGGCACGCUAUCUUCCGUCCGACUGUGAAACCCCCUCCUAUACCUUCUUACGCAACCCAGCAGAGACAGGCUCAACCCCAGCUCCAGCCUCAAUCCCAGCUCCAGCCUCAACCCCAGCUCCAGCCUCAAUCCCAGCCCCAGUCUCAACCCCAGCUCCAGCCUCAAUCCCAGCUCCAGCCUCAACCUCAGCCCCAGUCUCAAUCCCAGCCCCAGUCUCAACCUCAGCUCCAGCCUCAAUCCCAGCCCCAGUCUCAACCUCAGCCCCAGUCUCAACCUCAGCCCCAGCCUCAAUCCCAGCCCCAGACUCAACCGCAGCCCCAGCCUCAACCCUCCCUCCACCCCAAGCCCCAACCCUCUCUCCAACCCCUGCCACAGCUCAAGCAUAAACCUCCCAUCCCCAGCUACCUAGCCCAGCAGAAAGGACCCCUUCCUCCAGCCAUCCUGCCCCCCAAGCCCCACUCAACACCUCACACACACAGACCUGACCCUCCCAACAGACCCCCACCCCCCUGCCCGCUCACCAAACCCCAAAUACCGUCAGACGUGUUACAGAGAGGAAAGUCAAAUCUGGCACCACCUGGUGGACAUAAGAAACCCAGCAGAUCCCAAAACAACAUCUCAGAGAGGAGACGAGGACCAACACUGGACAACGGAGCUCAGUGAGAUGAGACAUCUAACUGGAAAUCUCUUCUCUCUCUGUGAGCUGCGUCUUUUCUCAAGGUUGUCCAAAGAGGAACAUCGCCGUCAGCCUUUAUGAAGAAAAUGCCACUGUAGGAAAGGAGAGAGGCGGGCCACGGCUGGACACACAGGGACUCAGUCCAAAAUGGCACCCUAAAAGUAGUGCACGAUAUUGGAAAUAGGGUUCCGUUUCAGAUCUGUCCAGGGAUGCCAUUACUGUAGAAUUAUACUCAUGCUAACCUGGUAGCCUCUGUUUGCCAGUCUCAGUAUUUGUAUUUCAUUCCAACAACAAAGACAAAGGAGUUGCCUGAUGAACACACAUCUCUGGCUACUAGGCUGCCAGGCUAUGUCUUGCCUUACCACUUGAAACCAGGCGUCCUGUAUACUUGUAAUAUUUAAGAAUGGACUUUAUCGACUGAUGUAGUUCUUGUAGAUGGUACCUUAUAACAUGGGUUAACAGUACCAUGUGUUGAUAUGCUGUUUCAGGUCUAUUUAUUUGCAACGCUUCAGAGCAAAGAGACUCGUGUUUAAAGUGGAUGUACUGUACAUUGUUUCUACAAGAGCACGAGUCUUAAGGGAACAUCUUAUGUUAAGAAAACGCCAUGUAUUGAAUGAUGCUUAAUGCUUCUAGUAUGUGAAUAAACGAUAGACUGGAAUUAUAAGGACACAAACAUGCAUGUUAUUAUUGCUACAUGUGUAUGCCGAAGAUGAAGGACAUCUCAAAUGUAGCAAUAACUAUUUGAAAAUGACAUUUGUUAUGACUGUUUUUUAAAUGUAUUUCCUGUAUAUUGCACUGUUCUUGUUGUGUUGGGUUCUAAAUUCAGGUUUUCUGACUGAAUUGGAUGAAUGGAUAUUUGGACACCUGGAAGGUUUUUGUUCCUGUAUAACCACAAACAGUAUGUUAUCUUUUGAAAUGUGAUGCACGGGACAGCAGAGUCAACACAAUUAUAGUCAGGUCCAUAAAAUGAAUUUAUAUAAAAUAAUCUGUUUUUCCUUGAUUGUUGAAAUUCACCAUCCACCAUGAGACCUAUGCAAACAGUGUGCCUUCAGUUUGAUUUUAAAUAAAGUGUUUAGAAACAGGA